AUGGGUGAAAACUCAGAUGGCAUCAAGAAGGCAGUUGCGAACAUGCCUAAAUAUUUGGUACAAAAAUCUCCAGAAAGGGCUGAUCCAAGGGCUUUAGCAGUCGAGUCAAUUAUUGAAAUUGUUAAGGCCUUGGAUUCUGAGCAUCAGGUAAAAUUUGCUGAUUAUGUGGUGAAGAUGAGCCAAGGGAAGGGGCAGUUGAGGCUUUUAUCAGUGGAUUUAAUACCCGUUUUAAUUAUGUCGGUUAAGGGUCCUUUCGGGUUCGACUCAGCUGAGGGUGAAGGGGACUCAUGGGGUCAGAGGCUAUUGGAAACACUUAUUCAGCGUUGUUCUGAUUUGACGGCUGCUAUUAGAGCAAGAGCCUUGGCAACUUUAGCCCAGGUGGUUGUGUUCUUGUUGGGAGAUGAUAAAAAUCGAGUAUUGUUGAAAGAGAUGAUGGGAUUUGGGCAUGAAAGGGUUGGUGGGGUUAACAAGAUUCUUAAGCUUAGAUGUAUGGAUGAGAAAGCGGCCGUUCCAAAGGCAGCUCUCGUACUCAUACCAAAAUUGGUUGCACUUUUAGGAGGCGAAGUUGAUGAGGAGCUGCUAAAGACAGUGGGCAUGGCUUGCUCGGAUCCACUUGUUAGCCUUAGGAAAGUCGCAAUAUUGGCCAUGUCCGAGGCCUUUAGGACAUACUCGAAACACUUUGUGACCAAGGAGUGGGUGCAUUCUAUCCCACGUUUAAUCAGUGAUAACGAAACCAGCAUCCAAGAAGAAUGCGAUAACCUUUUCCUUGAACUAGUUCUCGAUCGCAUAUCAAUAGCUGGAUCAGACUUUUUAGCUGAACGUGAUACUACCGCUCGUGAUACAAAAGGGGAAAAACAUAGCUCAAGUGUGGACGACUCUGAAUCCUUAUAUCCAGGAGUCUUAAUAUUGUUGAAAGAGGUCUGUGAUGCUGAGGUGUCACCUUGGAAGUGGACAGCACCACCGGGCACCUGGUUUCUCUUGUCAGAAGUAUCUUCGUUUCUCACCAAAUCAAUUGAAUGGGAAUUCUUGAAGCAUCAUUGGCAGCUUGUUGACAAGUUUAAGCCAGUUAGCGAGGUUCAAAGCCCUUAUGCACAGGGAUAUGAGGAUGAUGUGGAAAUGGUUAAUGUUGAGUCUAGUUCUGUUGACUGGGUGAAGGAUCGUGUUUACCUCUUACAGACGAUUUCAAAUGUUUCUAUGGAAUUAUCUUCAGAACCUGCUGCAGAUCUUGCACAAAAUUUUCUCAAACGACUUGAGAGGUUUAAUAUGCAUUCGACUGAGGUAUAUGAAUUUUGA